AUGGCUGAAUACAAAAAGAAGCUCUAUGAAUUGCAGCGUCAAGGCAACAACCGUACCUGUUUUGACUGCAACGCACCCAAUCCACAAUGGGCAAGUGUAUCAUAUGGUAUCUUUAUCUGUCUCGACUGUUCUGGCAUCCACCGCUCGUUUGGCGUGCAUAUCAGCUUUGUUCGAUCGAUCUCUAUGGAUAAAUGGUUUGAUGAUCAAUUGCAAAAGAUGGAAAUGGGUGGCAACAAAAAGGCCAAGGAUUUCUUCGAGUCUCAGCCUGAUUAUUCAAGCACUAUGUCCAUGCAUGAAAAGUAUCACUCAACAUGUGCAGCUCUUUAUCGUGACAAGUUGUCAGCUGAAGCUGAAGGCCGUAGCUGGUCGCCUAGCGCAACUGCUCCUAUCAAAAAGACAGCGGCAGCACCUAUUCGAUCUCCUACAAGUUCAACGCCUGGUUUGGGAUCCACCAAUGGCAUGUCGUCAACUUCUUCUUUGCGUAGCUCUGGUUCUCCUGCAAGUUUUGGCAGCAGCGGCAACAAUGGCAACAUGGUAAGCGACAAGGCAAGAAAUGAAGCCUAUUUUGCGCAACUCGGCAGUGCCAAUGAAAGUCGUCCCGAUCAUCUACCACCAAGCCAGGGCGGCAAGUAUACUGGAUUUGGUAAUCCUGCAUUUGAGAAUCGUCCUCGGAAUGAUGUGGCUUCACCCGAUUUCCAAGACAUUGUCAAUGAUCCCAUGAAAGCGCUUAGCAAGGGCUGGUCUUUUCUCUCGUAUGGCAUGGAGGAGCUUGGCAAGGUGGCUGUUACAGGUGCACAAGCUGCAGCUCAGAGUGCUGGUCAAUUGGGUCGCUAUGCCAAUGAACAAUGGAAUGAUCCCAACCUACGAGACAAUGUCAACCAAUAUGUGAGUUCCUUUACUACUAAGACACGAGAACUGUACAACAGCUUUGAUACCCGACCCUAUCAGCAGCAGCAGCAGCAGCAUGGCUAUAAUGAUAAUGAUGGGGACUUUUUCAGCUCGACCAUUUCAUCCUUGCAACAACAGCAAGCUACACCUGCCAGCUCACGUAGUGCAUCUCCAUCAGGUUUCAAUAACAGCAAGCCAUCCUCGACUGCUGGAAGCACCACCAUGCGUUCACGAUCUACUCUUCGAGAAGCUACUGCCCGAAAAUCUUCCAACAAAAACGAUUCAGAUGAUGAGUGGGGUGGAUGGUAA